GCACCGAGGCGCGCGCGGAGCCGGGUGGCCGCAGCGUCCCCGCGCGCGGCCGGGCCAGGUAGGAACGCAGAGCCGCAGCCGCCUCGGCCAUGCGGCUGCCGGACCGGAGGCCUGGGCUGGGGCCCGCGCCACCCCCCGCGCGCCGCCCCCGCUGAGCCCGCGCCCGAUAGGGCGCUGCAGGCACCAUGGUGCAGAAGUCGCGCAACGGUGGCGUGUACCCCGGCACCAGCGGGGAAAAGAAGCUCAAGGUGGGCUUCGUGGGGCUGGACCCCGGCGCACCCGACUCCACUCGUGACGGCGCGCUACUCAUCGCGGGCUCUGAGGCCCCCAAGCGCGGCAGCGUUUUGAGCAAGCCGCGGACGGGCGGCGCGGGAGCCGGGAAGCCCCCGAAGCGCAACGCCUUCUACCGCAAGCUGCAGAAUUUCCUCUACAACGUGCUAGAGCGGCCCCGCGGCUGGGCAUUCAUCUACCACGCCUACGUGUUCCUUUUAGUCUUCUCCUGCCUUGUGCUUUCUGUGUUUUCCACCAUCAAGGAGUACGAGAAGAGCUCCGAGGGGGCCCUCUACAUCUUGGAAAUCGUGACCAUCGUGGUAUUCGGUGUUGAGUACUUUGUGAGGAUCUGGGCUGCGGGCUGCUGCUGCCGGUAUCGAGGCUGGAGGGGCAGGCUCAAGUUUGCCAGGAAGCCGUUCUGUGUGAUUGAUAUCAUGGUGCUGAUUGCCUCCAUCGCUGUGCUGGCUGCUGGCUCCCAGGGCAAUGUUUUUGCCACAUCCGCACUUCGGAGCUUGCGGUUCUUGCAAAUCUUGCGGAUGAUCCGUAUGGACCGGAGGGGUGGCACCUGGAAGCUCCUGGGAUCGGUGGUCUACGCUCACAGCAAGGAGUUGGUGACUGCCUGGUACAUUGGCUUCCUCUGCCUCAUCCUAGCCUCAUUCCUGGUGUACUUGGCAGAAAAGGGUGAGAAUGACCACUUCGACACCUAUGCGGAUGCACUCUGGUGGGGUCUGAUCACCCUGACGACCAUUGGCUACGGAGACAAGUACCCUCAGACCUGGAAUGGGAGGCUGUUGGCAGCAACAUUUACCCUCAUUGGUGUCUCGUUCUUCGCUCUUCCUGCUGGUAUUUUGGGAUCCGGCUUUGCCCUGAAAGUCCAAGAACAGCAUCGGCAAAAACACUUUGAGAAAAGGCGGAACCCUGCAGCAGGUCUGAUCCAGUCUGCCUGGAGAUUCUAUGCUACUAACCUCUCACGCACCGACCUGCACUCCACGUGGCAGUACUACGAGCGGACAGUCACUGUCCCUAUGUACAGACUCAUCCCGCCUCUGAACCAACUGGAGCUGCUGAGGAAUCUCAAGAGCAAAUCUGGACUCACCUUCAGGAAGGAACCACAACCAGAGCCGUCACCAAGUAAAGGCAGACCGUGCCGAGGGUGCCUGUGUGGAUGCUGCCCCGGACACUCUAGUCAGAAGGUCAGUUUGAAAGAUCGUGUCUUCUCCAGCCCCCGAGGCGUGGCUGCCAAGGGGAAGGGGUCUCCCCAGGCCCAGACGGUCCGGCGGUCCCCCAGUGCGGAUCAGAGUCUCGAUGACAGCCCAAGCAAGGUGCCCAAGAGCUGGAGCUUUGGUGACCGCAGCCGUGCACGCCAGGCUUUCCGUAUCAAGGGUGCUGCAUCCCGGCAGAACUCAGAAGAAGCAAGCCUCCCUGGGGAGGAUAUCGUAGAGGACAAUAAGAGCUGUAACUGCGAGUUUGUGACUGAAGAUCUUACCCCUGGCCUCAAAGUCAGCAUCAGAGCUGUGUGUGUUAUGCGGUUCUUGGUAUCUAAGCGAAAAUUCAAAGAGAGUCUGCGCCCAUAUGACGUGAUGGAUGUCAUCGAACAAUACUCGGCUGGACACUUGGAUAUGUUGUCCCGCAUCAAGAGCCUGCAGUCCAGGAUAGAUAUGAUUGUGGGCCCCCCACCCCCUUCAACUCCCCGGCACAAGAAGUACCCUACCAAAGGACCCACGGCCCCUUCGAGAGAGUCACCCCAGUACUCACCUAGAGUGGACCAGAUUGUGGGGCGGGGCCCAACAAUAACGGACAAGGACCGCACCAAAGGCCCAGCAGAGACAGAGCUGCCCGAAGACCCCAGCAUGAUGGGACGGCUUGGGAAGGUGGAGAAACAGGUCUUGUCCAUGGAAAAGAAGCUAGACUUCCUGGUGAGCAUCUAUACACAGAGAAUGGGCAUUCCACCAGCAGAGACAGAGGCCUAUUUUGGGGCCAAGGAGCCUGAACCGGCACCACCCUACCACAGCCCAGAGGACAGCCGUGAUCAUGCAGACAAGCAUGGCUGUAUCAUUAAGAUCGUCCGCUCCACCAGCUCUACGGGCCAGAGGAACUACGCAGCACCCCCAGCCAUACCCCCUGCCCAGUGUCCUCCCUCCACCUCAUGGCAGCAGAGCCACCAGCGCCAUGGUACCUCCCCUGUGGGAGACCAUGGCUCACUGGUACGCAUCCCACCACCCCCUGCACAUGAGCGGUCACUGUCUGCCUACGGUGGGGGCAACAGAGCCAGUACCGAGUUCUUGAGGCUGGAGGGCACCCCAGCCUGCAGGCCCUCUGAGGCUGCCCUGCGGGAUAGCGACACAUCCAUCUCCAUCCCUUCGGUGGACCACGAGGAGCUGGAGCGCUCCUUCAGCGGCUUCAGUAUCUCCCAGUCCAAGGAGAACCUGGAUGCCCUGGGCAGCUGUUAUGCAGCUGUGGCGCCGUGCGCCAAGGUCAGGCCCUACAUUGCAGAGGGGGAGUCUGACACAGACUCAGACCUCUGCACACCAUGCGGGCCACCCCCACGCUCUGCCACUGGUGAGGGCCCCUUUGGAGAUGUGGCUUGGGCAGGGCCCAGGAAGUGAGUUUGGGCUGGGCUGCUGGCCCCACGCCACACCCACUCUUGUUCAGUUUUAGAACUGGAGUUCCAGGGCCUUUCUUAAAGUGACAGAGUGACAUAGAGUAGUGUGGGUUGUGAUGAUGCUCAUGGGCUCUCACUCUCAGGGUUCAUGUGGAGUGGGGAUGAGGCAGGGCUCCUUAGCACAUACAGUAACACUUUAUAGACGUUCUUUUCCAACAGGAGAGGGAGGUUGAGGCCAGGCCCUGGAGGCCCUGGGAGCUACCUAUGGCGGCAAAGCUAGCCCUGCCUAGUCUUCUUGGGGGACACAUUGCCCUGUGAGUGAGGAGGGACAGCGUGAUGGUUAGCACCUGUGAGUGGGGGUGUGGCUGGGAGCAAGUACAUGGGACAUAGUGGUGAAACAGGCCUGUCUACUGCUGAUGGCCAGUCCUGAGGCCUGUGGGUCUCUCCGUUUAGGCUGGAAGCUCAGGGGUAUAGUAGGUCGCUAGAAAUGGCCUACUCUCACACCUGACUGCUUAUCCCUCCUUCCCUGACUGUUUGCGUGUGGUUGGGUAAUGCUCCUCAUCCCCGAGUACCUAGCUAGAGAGCUGCCAACAUCUUCCUCCCUCUUCCAGGUUAGGUGGAUCUUUCCACGGGGGGCGUCCUUAGGUCAGGACCCUUUUCCUGGAGCUGAGGAAGGGGUGAAGCCUUAGGGACCAAUCUGGAGCUUGAUCCUUAGACUUUCCUGACUUCCACCCCUUAGGGGAAGACUCAGCUCACAGCCUUUUCUGAAAAGGUUUCUUCGGCAGGUUCUGGCUGCCUCAUCCUUGGCACUGUAGCCCAGGAUGUAUGAGUUGACACUUAAUGAUCUCUGCUCUUCCCUGGUGUGACACUGGUCUCCAGGCUGUAGCCAGCACUUCAAGAGAACCACCAGAUAAGCAGACCAUCGUUGUCCUUAGCCAGGGCACCUCCUUGCCUGCUGCCCACUUGUCUUUACAGAUUCAGGCAGGGCUAAAUGACAUGAUGUCUUCAAACUGCCAGCUCUUUCUGCAUGAGAGCAUGGCCUUUGAGCCUGGUCAAGGAUCCUUCCCACGGAAGUUGGCCAUCCAGUCAUUUAUCCACAAAUAGGUCCCUGCUCUGUGGCCCCUGGGUGUUUGAGGAAUUUGGAACACCUUAUCCCCUUCUCUGGUGAGGAGUAAUCUGUCCAUCCUGUGAGUGGGCAUCUUGGACCAUCUAGCAUCCAGCUUUAGAGGGAGACAAGGUAGAAUAGAGCCCUCAGUUGUGGCCCCAGAGGUGCCUGGCAUUUGGGGUGGGGCCCCCAGACUCACUUGCCCUCAGCUUUCCUGGUCACUGAGGGCAAGUAAUAUAGAGCUUGUGCCUGGACAGAGCUCUAUCUACUUCUUCCACCCUUUUGAAAAGUGUGUUCUGGCAGGGAUAGAGGCAGCUGGGGGGUGCCUAUACUCUGCAGGAGGUACCCCAUCCCUGAGGAGAGCUUGAGUCAUGUCUCUGCCAGGGACCUGAGUAUUUGGAGAGCCAUGUCUGUUGUCUGCUGUAACCUACAUGUCCUCCAUGUCAGGGCUACUAGGAUCUCACCCCAGGGUGCCUCUGCUAGGAUCCUAGUUAGGAGCUGGUCUGUAUUUGCUCCAAUAUGUACACAUUGGUUCUCUAAGGCAGUGCUAUAGUCAAUAAUUUCUCAGUAUGAGAGAUGUCUCUUUCUAUAUGGGAUGGCAGGUGAUAUAUACAGGAAGAAUGGCUGUACCUUCACGAGCCUUUUCUUGGAGAGUUGAGCCUUGGUCUGUGCUCCUCUCAUACUGUGUCAGGACAGGAAGAGCCUAGAGCAGAGGGACAAACACAUCUGGCUGGACAAACCAACAGCCAGAUCACUCCUUCCCUAGACCUGGGCAGACCGUAGCUAUCUCAGCUUCAGGGGAUGUGGGAGAGAGGUUUGCAUCUAUCCUACAUGCUCCAUACUGUGUCUUGCCUCAUAUGUGGCCCCAAGUCCUGUCCCCAGAGCUGCCAUGGAUACCAGAGCCUGGUGUGCCCUGAGCUGGGGUUUUGUGGGAUGAAGAAGGUGGACAGACAUCCCCUCCCCAGAAACUCUGGACAUACAGAGUCAAUCAGAAGUCCUUAUUUAGGUUACAACAAGAACGAGGCAAGGAGGCAUGGCCUUCUCUACAAAUGAACACUGGUCAAGUCUGCAGUGUUGGCUACACAGAGAAAGGGGGUGUAUCUCAAGGGGUGAUAUGGGAGCCCUGAUAUGAGAGAUGACCGAGCCCUUUCCUAGGGGUCCAGAUCCAGGCUUAAACAACACAAAUGUCCACUGCCUAGGCAUCCUUACCUGCAGAGAAGCAGGACAGGAUGGAGGCUGAAGGCUCCUACAAGAAAUCUGUGCACUUUCUUCAGUGCACAAGUAUGGCUGAAAGCCAGGGGCUGCCCCAUGCAAAAAUUUCCUCAGAAAACGUUUGUCCCAACACAUUCCCUCACAUGCCACCAGCAAUGCCCAUACACUAGACACACAUGUAUAUUUGCAUAAGCGCACACCAAAACUUACCACACACAAGUAUACAUACAACAGGUGUACUUUCAAACAUAUAUUUCUUGUUAUACACUUGCAUGUGCAAGCUCACAGUUUCUCAGACCAUACAUAACAGCUACACAUACACACACACAUAUCAACAUACAGGCUUAUAGGCUACAUCCUAUCCCACAUCUGCACAUUCAGCAGGUUCCCACUUUUAUACCUGAAUAUUUACAUAUAUGAACACACAUGUAUGAGUAACCUGUAUGUAUAAUGUACACACGCAUACAUGUAGGCUUUUCUCUCUCUCUCUCUCUCUCUCUCUCUGUGAGUCUGAGUGUGCACAUGUGUGUGCAGGUGCAUACACACACACACACUUUUUCUCUUGUGUCUUUCUGAUGGAAGCUGCCUGGGCAGGGUGCACAAGAAUUAAUAGUGAAUGUUCUAAAAUGCUGAACACUGACUGGGUUAGGAGUCCUGGUUAUCUGGGACUUCUGAGCACUAGUGGUAGAGAGUCCACCUAGAGACCAUUGAAUUCCCACACUGCUCUCUCCCUGGUCUAAAUGGUGGCUGGCUGCAGGUACUGAGAGGGUGUGGCUAGGUCAGGGUGAGGGUAGUUCUAGUUCCUACUGAGGUCCAGGUCAGUCUUCGCCUUGGGUUAAUCUUGGUAUUAACCGUUUCCCAGUGCUCUCCUGUACACAUGCCUACCUUAUUGUGCCAGGCUGUGAUUGGCUUAACUUUCUGUCCCUUUCUAUUGUGGCCUCUGGAAAGUGCACUCUUGUCUAACAGGGCCAAAAUACCUAGGGUGAGGGCCCAUCUGCUGUCUUACCUGUGGUCUUGGCAGAUUGUGUGUCCAUUUGAGGUCAUAAGCUAGCUCUUGGUGUGCUUUCACAUUUAGGGCCCUCACUGAAGAGCCCUAUUUAGAAGCUGGGGAGUCACUAGACACUACAUGGGCCUCCUUGGAGGAGGCUCUCUGAACUGUAGUCAUCCUCAGAUCCUAGACAGAGAUAAACAUCCAGGACCACCUCCCACCUUUAAUUUACUGGCUUAAGGUUUUUUCUCCCCUGGAGCUGAUGGCUCUAGAUUCAGAAUGUGGAAGAAGGAGCCAUCCUGCCUUCUGCCUCCCCUCCUGGGUUUAUCCUAUAUCAGGGGCACUGUGAAGAACACUCUUACUUUUUGUAGAAAGAGUUGAGCCCAGAGAUGUCUUCAGACUUUCCCCCAGAUGUAAGAAUCUGGGACAGGACGAGCAGUGGUGGCGCAUGCCUUUAAUCCCAGCACUUGGGAGACAGAGGCAGGCCGAUUUCUGAGUUCGAGACCAGCAUGGUCUACAGAGUGAGUUCCAGGACAGCUAGGGCUAUACAGAGAAACCCCGUCUUGAAAAACAAAAAACAAAACAAAAAAGGAAGGAAGGAAGGAAGGAAAUCUGGGGCAGGGAUGCAGCUUGUAUCUUUCAGCUAUAAUUAGUGCACAGAGUAGAGGCCAAUGCACUUGCACAUGGCUCACACCCCAACAUCUGCAGGACAACAUUUAGUACUUUUCCCGAAGCCACAGCCUCUUGACAGUUUGAACAGUGGGGCCCACUGUGUGGAGGCUCAGAGGUGUCUGGCACAUCUUGUAUCCCAACAGGGUAGAUUAGAGUUAAGAGUAGAUAAUCUAGACAGGGUACCCCUGAAGUCCAGGCUUACAUGGCUGGAGUCAAACACUGAUGUGGCAUCUGCUGCCCUGGAGCAGAGAGGUCAGUCUUCUCCCCGAGACCUCCCAGGGCAUAGGAUGUAGGGAUUGGGGAAAGAGGCCCAGGGAAAGUCUGCAGGCAAGUCUAUCUGGCUGUCCUAGGCUCCUACUGUGCCCCAGCUGAGCUAAGGAGGCAAGAGCUUCUCAGAGGAGGUAUGAAGAUGGCAAUGAAGAUUUCUAGAGGAGACCCAAGUGCCUCUUCCUUCUGAGGAAUCUUCACAUGUGCUCAACACAUGCCUUGGGACCUAGGGGCCCCAGUGUCCCUGGAAGUGAACAAAUUUGGGCCACAGUUUGCUGAAGUUUGCUUGUCUGUGAGGUAGUUCCGGCAGUAUGCCUUGGGGGGGGGCACCAGGAAAUGGGGUAGAGAGAAACGGUUACACCCUAGCAGGGAGGGCCACCAAACAUCCAGAGGUGCCUGGGUUUGUUCAGAGCUCUGUCUUUGAUGCUGGCUUAAGGAUGCUGGGUCUGUCCCAUGACCCAUCCCAAAGUUCCCCUGGUGUCUAACCCUCUGUCAGAGAAGGAAUAGUCCCCAGGCUGUUUCUGGGACUCUCAGGCAGGAGUGCACAUCGCUAGUACCGCACAUCCAACCAGGACCGGCUUUUACAGAGUUGUUGCCUUAAUGUAUGUUGAGGGACAUUCACCAAGGUCACCCCUGCCUCUGCCUGAUACAGACACUGGACUCCACCUCCAGGUCCUGCGACUGGAGAGGAGUGCUGGCAUGAUGAGCUGUCACUAGUAGUCCCACAUGGAGGGGCUCAAAAGCUGUGACCCCCUUGACGUCAUCUACCUGCCUGGGACGGCUCCAUAGACAGUGCAGCGCACCCUGCGCUUCCAGUCCACACCUGCCCAUUGCAGUCCUGUCCCCCGGCCGCAGCUGCGACCACAGCUUCCCCAUCUGCGCUGUUGCCUUUGGCUGUCUUUGCACUUUUGUUCAUGCUCCAAAGAAUAUUUCAUAAUGCCUUCAUACUGAUGUGCACCCUAACCAUUUUGUACGUGCCCUUGGGCCACAGUGACUGGCCUCCUCCUUUGGGCCAGCGUGCCACCAUCUGCACAUGACGCUGUCUUCUAGGGAUAGACGCCCAGGGAAUGAACUCUAGUUUUCUAAUGGACUAGCUGAGAUGCUAACUUACUCAACAUGAACAGGAUGAUAUUUGUGCUGUGUGGGCGGGCCAAUGUGUGCUCGCAGGGAACUUUGGGGGCAGAAUCCUGCAGCAGGGAUGCAUGCAGAUGGUUCUGGAAAGUUUUGCUGCCGCAGGGCUAAGUUCAGAUGCCCAGUGGACCUGGGCACUUAGUAAAACACAGUGAUUCAACCUGGAA